AUGCCUAACGUGAGACCGGAGAUGUGCCCACGCAUGGCAUCAAAGGUGAAUGAGCAUGAUGCUAAAGCUGAUGGGCACAGCAUCGGACUGUACGACGCAGCUCAAGUAAAGCGAAUCUUGACGGUCGGCGAUGGUAACUUUUCGUACUCGUUGGCGCUGGCCCGUGCGCUGGGUCCGGAUUCGGGUGUGCAGCUUGUAACAACGUCGCACGAGAGCAAGAAGUCGGUGGUCGAGACGUACCCGGAUGGAGAGAAGUUUUGA